CAAAGGCCUCCAAAAAAGAAAACAAAUCGCAUUCCUUGACUUCAAAUCAAAUCAACUCCAAUAAUAAUCCCACGCGCCUUCUCCUUUGGUUAUUUUGAAUUUGGCCACUCUCUAUUGCUUUGCUUUUGCUUGCUGUCUGUCACCAAUCAUCAAUUCAUUCUCUUCUUCUUCCUCUUCCUCUUCCUUUCUCCGUCGCCUCGAUUCUCGUGCACGUGCAUUUCCAGCAAAAAUGCCAGAAAUUCAGUUGGGUGUACACACUAUCAGAUCACAUGGAGUUAGAGUCGCAAGGAUACAUAUGCAUGACUGGUUGAUUCUUUUGCUUCUUGUGCUAAUUGAUGCUGUCUUGAAUAUAAUAGAGCCAUUUCACCGUUUUGUUGGAGUGGGGAUGUUGACGGACCUUAGCUACCCACUGAAGGAUAACACUAUUCCCUUUUGGGCUGUUCCAAUAAUAGCAAUAUUGCUGCCACUUGCCGUCUUUCUUGUUUACUAUUUCAUUCGAAAGGAUGUUUAUGACUUUCACCACGCCAUAUUGGGCCUUCUAUUUUCUGUACUCAUUACUGCGGUGAUAACUGAUGCUAUCAAAGAUGGUGUUGGACGGCCACGGCCAGAUUUCUUCUGGCGUUGUUUCCCUGAUGGAAAGCAGGUGAGUGAUCCAGUAACAAGUGAUGUUCAAUGUACUGGAGAUAAAAGUGUUAUUAAGGAAGGGCAUAAAAGUUUCCCAAGUGGGCAUACAUCUUGGUCGUUUGCUGGUCUUGUUUUCCUUUCUUGGUAUCUAUCAGGAAAAGUUAGAGUGUUUGACCGUAGAGGCCACGUUGCAAAGCUCUGUCUUGUUCUCUUACCAGUCCUCACGGCAGCUAUGAUUGGUGUCUCUCGUGUUGAUGAUUAUUGGCACCAUUGGCAAGAUGUGUUUGCUGGAGGUCUUAUAGGGACGGUAAUAUCUUCCUUUUGCUACUUACAAUUCUUUCCACCUCCAUAUGACAUUGAUGGUUGGGGACCUCAUGCUUAUUUCCAGAUGUUAGCUGAAUCCCGUAAUGGUGCUCAGCCUCCUGUCAACAACAACAUUCAUCUUGCACAAUCUGCAGAGCUUCAGACUGUAUCGUUGUAUAUCCCAUCUCAGCAUGAUGGAGAUACACGAGGCAAUAGCUGGGAUUCGAGCCCCAUGUUAGGUGGUGGAUCAUCACAAAAUGCAAGGACACACUGACUGCCAGCAAGACACAGGAAAGAUCACCAGAUGUCCAUAGUCUGUAAAAAUUAUAGGGGUUUUGGGAGGUUCAGUUGCAGAUAAUCGACACUUUAGCAUCGCUUUCUUUUUAAGAAUGCAAUGUCAGAUGCCUUGGUUCUGAGAUGGUUGUUGGAUUGGAAUAUUUUGUUACCGGCCAUCUAUGUUUUGGCCAACUUAUCUGCUUGUUGUCACGUACUGUUUUUUUGUCCAUUUGCUAUAUACAAGGAGAAUGUUUAGUCGGCUCGAUGGGAUCAAAGUAUGUACGAUUUUGCAACACGAGGAAAGAUAGAGAAAAUAUGAAAUGAUUUUUGAAAACUCCUUAGAUUGUGUAUGUAAAAUAAGUGGCUGGGAUAUUUUUGAUUUGUUAUUUCCAAAACAUAUUUCUCCUA